UGUUGUGACAAUGCUACUUCCUCCUGUUGUCCCCUUUCUCUCUACCUCUUCCCCGGGAAAUGUGUGGAGGUUCCCUUUGGACAUCUCAGGGUCCUGUGAUACCUGCUCACUGACUGUUACAUUAGAAAAAAUACCUGAAGUUCCCGUGGGUGACACCCCUCCCAGCUGUUGGCCCAGACAGGACAGCCUUAAUGCAAGCAACUAUGUAGGAGUUACUGGUGGAAGUGCAAACAAGGAGAAUGCAGCAGCUGUGAUUCACGUAACAGCACAGCCUUUGUUGUUGACACCUGAGCCUUGGAACCUUUUGGUGACUCAAACACCAGCCAAGGAGAAAGCCAAAGAGGGUGAAACUGUGGUCUUGAACUGUCAUCUUAACAGUCCAGAGCAUCCCUCCCUGACUGACCUGAUGGUGAAGUGGUACAAAGAAGAUGAAAAGGGGCAGAUGGACCUGCUAGAAAAGAAUGUGACCAUCCUGCCAAAUAACUCCAGGAUCUUCAUGAGUGGAGACUUGUCCCAAGGGGAUGUUUCCCUGAUUAUACUCAAUGUGACAACGAGUGACCAUGGUAUUUAUUUCUGUGAGGUUACACUUCCAGACGGGAAGGUGGUGACAGGAGAUGGCACAAAGCUCAGGAUCAGGAGGGCUCUGGGCUUGUUUGGUAUAGAAGAAUCCAUUGGAACAAUCAUUGGGGUUGUGGCAGCUGGUAUUGGAGGCAUAGUGGUUCUGAUCGUUGUUUUAACCCCCCAGCUGAGGAAAUGCAUCCUCUGCCUGAGACAGGAGUCUCGCCAAAGCAUAGCUUGAGGUGCAGCAUUACAGGAGUCGCUGGGAUAUGCAAAGCCUGCAGGUGGAACAACUUCUGAUGCCUCGUAAGCCAAAAA